AUGGGGCUGUGUUUCAGCUCCGAGGCCGCGGGGGAUGCGGAACAGAAGAAGAAAAGUCAGAUGAUCGACCGGAGGCUCGAGGAAGACCAGCGACGGUUACGCAGGGAAUGCAAGAUCCUGCUGUUGGGCUCCGGCGAAAGUGGCAAGUCCACCAUCGUCAAGCAGAUGAAGAUUAUCCAUCAAAAUGGCUACACCGUGGAAGAGCUGGCUCUGUACCGGUUGACCGUAUACAAGAACCUCCUCGACUGUGCCAAGGCCCUUAUCGAUGCAUACCACCAUUUCAACCUCGAGCCGUCCAGUCAGAAGGUCAAGGACUACAUCACACUCCUGGAAGAAUACCAUGUGGAUCCGGACCCCAAUACUCCUCUCGAUCCGAAAAUUGGCGAUGCAGUCACAUACCUCUGGAAUGACCCGUGCACAUCAACAGUCCUGGAACGACAAAAUGAGUUCUACCUGAUGGACUCCGCGCCAUAUUUCUUCGAUGAAGCCAAGCGAAUAACAGCACCGGACUAUAUCCCAAAUGUGUCCGACGUCCUCCGAGCACGUACCAAGACAACCGGUAUAUACGAGACACGAUUCACAAUGGGCCAAUUGAGCAUCCACAUGUUCGAUGUGGGCGGUCAGCGCAGCGAGCGAAAGAAGUGGAUUCAUUGCUUCGAAAACGUGACCUCUAUCAUUUUUUGCGUCGCAUUGAGUGAAUAUGACCAGACGCUGCUGGAAGAAAGCAAUCAGAAUCGAAUGAUGGAGAGUCUGGUUCUUUUCGACUCCGUGGUCAACUCUCGAUGGUUCAUGCGCACGAGCAUCAUCUUGUUCCUGAACAAGGUCGAUUUGUUCCGCCAAAAGCUGCCUCGCUCCCCGUUGAGCAACUACUUCCCAGAUUAUUCGGGUGGGAAUGAUGUUAACCGCGCUGCCAAGUAUCUUCUCUGGCGAUUCAAUCAGGUGAACAGGGCUCACCUGAAUCUAUAUCCCCAUCUCACACAAGCAACCGACACCACCAAUAUCCGACUGGUCUUUGCGGCGGUCAAAGAAACCAUCUUGCAGAAUGCCUUGAAGGAUUCUGGUAUUCUAUGA